ACAGCAUUUUUGUUUCUUGACCGAUAUGUCGUUGGCGGACGAAUUACUCGCGGAUCUUGAAGAAAACGAUGAUGAGGAAAAGUUUCUGGAAGAACCUGAACCCGACUUUAUUUCUCCCGUUUCAAAACCCAUAGAGGAAGCAGAAAUAAAAGUCACUUCGGUGCGAGAAUUAGCAAAACUUCGCGAUUCUUCACAACUACGAAGGAUUAUGGGUGAGAUUGAAAAAUACAGUAAAGUUCCUCGGAGAUCGACAGACAUCGUUGGACCAGUGGAAUCGGAUCCUGAAUAUCAACUUAUUGUAGAAGCUAACAACAUGGCUGUAGACAUUGACGAUGAAAUAGCAACUAUUCAUCGAUUUGCAAGGGACAAAUACUCAAAAAGAUUUCCUGAAUUAGAGUCAUUGGUUGUUGGACCCUUAGAAUAUGUAAUGACUGUUCGAGAAUUAGGAAAUGAUUUAGACAGAGCAAAAAAUAAUGAGACUUUGCAGCAAUUUCUUACACAAGCAACCAUUAUGGUUGUAUCUGUAACUGCUUCUACUACUCAAGGUCAGUUGCUGACAGAGGAAGAAAAGGAAGCAAUUUGCGAAGCAUGCGACAUGGCAGUAGAACUGAAUAAUUGCAAGCUUAAGAUAUUUGAAUAUGUUGAGAGUAGGAUGGCAUUCAUUGCACCAAAUUUAUCCAUAAUAGUUGGAGCAUCAACAGCUGCUAAAAUCAUGGGUGUUGCUGGAGGCCUGACAAAAUUAUCUAAGAUGCCAUCAUGUAAUGUACUAGUUUUGGGGUCAAAGAAAACUACCCUAUCUGGUUUUUCACAAGUGGCGACAUUACCUCACACAGGUUUUAUAUACUAUUCGGAUAUUGUACAAGAUACUCCACCAGAUUUAAGGAGAAAAGCAGCUAGGUUGGUAGCGGCUAAGAGUGUUCUUGCUGCUAGAGUUGACGCCUGUCAUGAAAGUACGGAUGGACACAUUGGUCAAAUGUUUAGAGAGGAAAUUGAAAAGAAGCUGGAUAAACUACAAGAACCUCCUCCUGUAAAAUUUGUCAAACCCUUACCCAAGCCGAUCGAUCCUGGUCGAAAGAAGCGUGGUGGUAAACGUAUUCGAAAAAUGAAAGAACGCUAUGCUAUUACAGAAUUUCGAAAACACGCAAAUCGCAUGAAUUUUGCAGAUAUUGAGAACGAUGCUUAUCAAGAAGAUCUUGGAUAUUCUCGAGGUACAAUUGGCAAAGCAGGAACAGGUAGAAUUCGAUUGCCACAAAUUGACGAGAAAACAAAAGUUCGGAUAUCAAAGGCAUUGCAAAAGAAUUUACAGAAGCAACAACAAUGGGGAGGCAGUACAACGGUAAAGAAACAGGUCUCCGGUACUGCUUCCAGUGUAGCAUUCACUCCUUUGCAGGGGUUGGAAAUAGUAAAUCCACAAGCAGCCGAGAAAAAAGUGAAUGAAGCAAAUGCAAAAUAUUUUUCAAAUACUGCUGGCUUCUUGCAAGUGAAAAAAGUGUAAAACAUUUCCAAUAAGAAGUCUGUAAGUAUGUGCAAAUAUUACUCGUUAAAUAAUCGUAACAUCUGUAUUUAUUCAUAUCGUAACAUAUUGUCAGCAUAUUUUUCAAUUUAUUUUAAUUAAUGUGUAUUCAUUUUGUUUGGUCGUGUUCCAAUUAAGUCGAAGAAACGAGAUGUAUUCGUGUAAUAAGCAAUUAGAUUUAAUAGCAAUAAAAUGACCGUAACAAAAAAGAAACGGAUUAAA